CGUAGACGCGCUGCACACAUGGGAGCUUCCAUGUGCUAAGCUGAAAGUCGAUCAUAGCAGCAAAUAAACAGACAAAACAAGACCGCAAGAAUUGUUUACGCAGUAAAAUACCUUACAGAGGUCCAAAAAAGCAGUGUCCGGGUCGUGGAGGUUUCACAGACUGCACUUUUAUGCUGGUCCGAACAGCCCGACUGUUUCCCAUCACCGUCUCCUGUUACCUGCAUCCUUCCUGCAUUCGUUCAGCUGGAAAAUAUCUUUGGCGGGGGGUUGGUGGCGGUGGUGUUAGUAAGAGACUGAGACUCAUGGACCCUGAGCCUCCCACCAUCACACCUGGCAGGUCUUCUACGGCAGGCAUGAGUUCUGACACUACAGACGCCCAGGAGGAGGAGUCUCCUGUGGGACUGCUACCUGGAGAGACUGUGGUCAAGGAGGGAAAGGCAACUAUUUUGUUUCCGAGCGCCAAUGAGGUGUUUUAUAACCCUGUCCAGGAGUUUAACAGAGAUUUGACAUGUGCAGUGAUCACAGAGUUCGCAAGAGAUUUCCUGGCUCAGCGUGGAGUGAAGGUGGUGAUACCUGAAGAAAAAGAGAAAGUGGUGGUCUCUCUGUCGGAGGAGACGACUAAGACUAGCGCACAGACUGAGGAGAAAAAUGGUACCGAGGAGCCCAGAUGUACUGCAACAGUAGGAGAGAAAUGCGAGCAAGGUCUUCGCGUCCUGGAGGCCCUGGCAGCAUCUGGUUUGCGUUCAGUUCGUUUUGGUCUUGAGGUCCCUGGCCUGAAGAGUGUCUCCGCCAACGACUUCUCCUCCAAGGCAGCAGCCCUGAUAGCGAGAAAUGCCAAGUACAACAAAGUGGAUCACCUGGUCAAGGCCAGCUGCAGGGACGCCAGCAUGCUGAUGUAUGAGAUGCGAGGGAAAAAGGAGAGGUUUGAUGUCAUAGAUCUGGAUCCCUACGGUAGCCCCGCCUCGUUCCUGGAUGCUGCUGUGCAGGCUGUCAGUGAAGGAGGUCUGUUGUGUGUAACAUGUACAGACAUGGCCGUGAUGGCAGGCAACAGUGGGGAAACGUGCUACAGCAAAUAUGGUUCAGUGUCUAUUAAAGCGAAAUACUGUCACGAGAUGGCUCUUCGUAUCAUUCUCCACAGUUUGGACAAACGGGCAGCGGUGUACCAGCGAUACAUCCAGCCGUUGCUGUCCGUCAGUGCUGACUUUUAUAUACGGGUCUUUGUGCGCGUCUUCACGGGACAGGCCACGGUCAAAAACUCAGUCAGUAAACAAGCUCUAGUGUACAACUGUGUUGGCUGCGGGUCUUUCCAUUUGCAGAGGAUGGGGAGGAGAACAACUAAUGGAAAACACAUGAAGUAUUCUGCUGCUACCGGACCCCCAGUUGGACCAGAGUGUGAGCAUUGUGGACAGAGACAUCAGCUGGGUGGUCCUAUGUGGGCUGAGCCCAUCCACGACUUGCCGUUCGUCCAGAAAGUUUUGUCUUCUGUGUCGGGGAACCCUUCCAGAUACGGGACGUCUAAACGUAUUGAAGGCAUGCUCAGCAUGGUGACAGAGGAGCUGGAAGAUGUGCCCCUUUACUGCACUGUGGACAACCUGAGCAGCACAAUACACUGUAAUACUCCACCCUUGCUCCAGUUUAGGUCUGCUCUCCUUCAUGCUGGCCACAGGGUUUCUCUCUCCCAUGCCUGUAAAAAUGCCAUCAAGACAGAUGCUCCUCCUGCAAUCAUCUGGGACAUCAUGAGAUGCUGGGAGAAAGCAAACCCUGUGAAGAGGGAGAAGUUGUCUCCAACCAGCCCUGCAUUCAAAAUCCUCUCCAGUGAGCCCAGCCUGGAGGCAUGUUUCACCGUCAGAGAGGACGCUAACCCUCAGUCCCGUAAACGCCACCUGACCCGGUUCCAGGAGAAUCCUCAGGCCUUCUGGGGACCAAAAGCUCGUGCCCAAGCCAGCGGGGGGGUUGUGACCAGCCUGCAAGACAGAAGAAAGAAGUUCCAGAACAAGAGAAAGAACCACAUCACAGACUCUUCCGACUUAAAGAGCUUUCCCUGCAAGAAGUUUAAACAGGGAUCGUGCACGCUGGGAGACGAAUGCCGUUACUCCCACAGCUGCCGGGAGCAGACAAAUGAAGAGAAAAUGGAAUAACUCGUUUUCCUUUUUGGUUUUAUUUUUUAACUUUUUAUUUCUGCAGUUUGAAUGUCUCAGCGCAGGCUUGCUGAACCAUCCUCUUGCAUCGCUCAGAACAAUCAAAAACCUGAAGUUCAUGUUUCCAUUAUUCAGUUUUAUUCUAUUUUUUUUUUUGUUUCCCCUCCGUUGGUUUGUCAACUCAUUACACACAAAUAAACUCUAUAGUACGACUACA